ACUAUAAAACGUUGCAGUAUUUCAGGGAAUUACGGAGGAUUAAUAUCAGAUGCCACAAGAUACUUUUCAAUUUCUUGAACCAUUUUGGUCAUGCAGUGACAGGUGAGUUGCGCAACAGUAAAAAAAAAUUGCACAUGGCGACUCACUUCGCAUGGAUGUUAAAACUUAGGAUAAAGCUGGCCAUCUUGCCUUGUUCUUGGAACACCCGUACAGACAACAUAUUUUCACCAUUGUCCAGCAAUUAAAAUCAAAUUGCAGUACAAAACGUGAUGAAAAUAUAAUGGAGAAACAGUUCAAAUCAACGAGUUAAAAAAAACGUCAAGGAAACUGCACACAGCCAACACGUAAGCUCUCACCCUCUUUUGCACCUUUGCGAUCGCGUUGUUAGGGAAAUCACAUGACUGUGACGUCAUGCCGACCUCGAGAAUACACAUAAGGGUAAUUAUAUGAAUGAUCGCUUGUUUUGCACACAUCAAUAAGUUAGAUCACAUGAUCAAGUGAUUUAUACGUAGGUUCUUGACUGACAAAGCAUGUGAACAAUUACUGCAUGCACUACCGGUAAUUUCAUCACGUUUAGAUUUUUGUAAUUCUCUUCGGACUGCCCAAACACCAGCUAAACAGAUUACAGUCUCUUCAAAAUUCCAGUGCGAGACUUCUUACCUUCACACCUAGAAUGUCUUCAAUCACACCAAUUUUACGUUCUCUUCACUGGUUGCCUGUUAACAAAAGAGUUCAUCUUAAGCCCAUGUUACUUGUCCAUCGAGCCAUUCAUGGGAUGUCGCCACAAUAUAUUAAAGACACACUACAUCCCUACAAUCCAACUCGUACUUUAAGAUCUGGAGGUGACAAUUUGCUUUUGAUUCCUUGUACCCUACAAUCUUGGGGGAUAGGUCCUUCCCACAUGCUGCGGCCAAGUUGUGGAAUCAACUUCCUGGGUCACUUUGUUCCAUUAAACUGCAUGACACAUUUAAACUACACCUUAAGACUUAUUUGUUCAAUCUUUAAUACCUUCACAACUAAAUCUAUAUACACUGUCUAAUUAUGUACAUUGUUUAAGAAAUAAUUUUUUUUUGUAUGCAUUUAAAGUACACUCUCUGGCAUCACAUGUUGGUCUGACUGGCUUCCUAUAGGGGCUGGUGCCCUUAUUUGCUAGAGCUCCUGUGAGUACUGAGCUGACCGGGCUUGCCCCUUAAAUUGUCGGUGAACGGUGCAGCAAACACAAGGGCACCAGGCCCCACCAGGAUUUAGCUGGGAACUUCAGUGGUGGUGAUGCAGGAUGGUACUUGUAGUGAUUUAAGAUUUCUAUUGACAGGGGACCAUCUUCAUGUAAAAAAAAUAUUUGUGUGAGUGGUGAACAGGAUGAAUCAGUAUUCGAUACUUGAUCGGAUCGGCGAAGGUGCGCAUGGCAUUGUUUUCAAGGCAAAGCAUAUUGAGACUGGUGAAAUAGUUGCACUGAAGAAGGUUCCACUUAGGAAAUUGGAUGAUGGAAUCCCAAACACAGCUCUAAGGGAAAUAAAAGCAUUGCAGGAAAUAGAGGAGAACCAAUAUGUUGUAAACUUGAAGGAUGUGUUUCCCCAUGGCACCGGCUUUGUACUUGUGUUUGAGUUCAUGCUGUCGGAUCUCUCUGAAGUGAUACGGAAUUCAGAUCAGCCUCUCACAGAAGCCCAGGUCAAGAGCUACAUGUUGAUGCUUCUUAAAGGCAUAACCCACUGCCAUGAGAACUCUAUCAUGCACAGGGAUCUGAAGCCAGCCAAUCUUUUAAUCAGUGAGACAGGGCACUUAAAGAUAGCUGACUUUGGUUUGGCUAGGGUGUUCAGCAAUGAUGAAGGAAGGCAGUACAGUCAUCAAGUAGCUACAAGGUGGUACCGUGCUCCGGAGCUUCUUUAUGGAGCCAGAAAAUAUGAUGAAGGUGCAGAUCUUUGGGCUGUUGGAUGUAUUUUUGGAGAGCUUUUAAACAAUUCGCCUAUCUUCCCUGGAGAAAACGACAUUGAACAGCUUUGCUGUGUGCUCAGAGUCUUAGGAACACCUACAGAGAAAACAUGGCCGGGUAUGAAAGACCUACCGGAUUACAACAAGAUCACCUUUCCAGAGAAUCCACCUAUACCCUUGGAGCAGAUUGUUCCCGAUGCAUCUCCUGAGGCCUUAGAUUUGUUGAAGAAAUUCUUGGUGUAUCCUUCAAGGCAAAGGAUAUCUGCCUCCGAGGCAUUGCUGCAUCCAUAUUUCUUCACAGAGCCACUCCCAGCUCAUCAUUCCGAGCUCCCUAUUCCGCAGCGGAGCAGACGGGGUCGAAGGUCACAGCAUGCCAAGGAUUACGACAUUGAUGUACCGCUGGAACAGACCCUGAUUGACCCACAAGAAAUAGCUCCAUUCGUCUGAAGGGGACCAUUCUUUGUCAGGAGGUAAUAGCAGUCCUGUUCAGACUGAUCUUUCUAUUUCAUGAAGCAGCAUGCACAGGUUUAUGACACUCUUGUACUGCUUGAACAGACCUUGAGUUAUCCAUUGCUAACUGCUCUAUUUGUCUAAAGGGUCCUACUUUGGUAGGUGGUCCUGUUCAGACUUUUGGAGAUCAUGUGCUGUACCAAUCUUUACCUUAGGAAGAUGUCAGGAUACCACUCUGGACAGCAUGGUACAUUCGGAUGAGAUUUUCACCUUGACAUGGAAGAAUUCUUGUUCCCCCCCCCCUUGGUAAUCGUUGUUGAUACAUUACAUAUGGUUUCUAUGUGCUCAAACAAGAUAGUUAUAGUGUAGUGUGAGUAUAUCAUUAUACAAAUAAUGCACAUAUAUGAGAGUGUUGUGGCGGUGCAGCACGCUGAAGGGUGUUUACAAUAUAUCUGACAAAUAUGAGGCCUUGCACUACAUACUUUUGCAUAAUAUUGUAAAUAUUCCAGAUGCCUCGAUCAUCACUAUACUCUUAUAAUAGUGCUUUAGUUUGUAUAAUAAUGUGCUCACUUUCCUGUACAACUCGUAUCUUGUUUCAGCACCUUAACACAAUAUGUAAUGUACA